AUGAUACAACUUGAAGAACUACCAUCAUCAACAUUAUCAUUAAAAACAACAACACCAACAACAGCAGAACCAGAUAAUCCUCUUAUACAAUGGAAUAAAAAUAGUUUAACUAUUAUUCAAUCUAGUGUAGAUCAUUUAUAUGAUAUAAAAAAUAAAUUUCUUAAUGAAUUUGUCAAUCAAUUUAAUGUAUUAUUAGAUAAUAAUACUGUAACAAGUGAAUUUUGGAUGAAAACUAAUCAUCAUCAUCAUGAUCCUGAUCAUAUUCAUUCAAUCAUUAUGAAAUCAUGUGAAUUGAAUAAAACUAAACAUGAAUUAAUUCAAUUGACAUUUUUCAAUACAAUUAAUUUAUUCAAACAAUAUGAAUCGGUUUUGAGACAUGCACCUGUACUAGAUAAAGCGGAAUUUUGUUAUCAAUAUGGUAAAGCUUUCAAUGCAAUGGAUUCCGAUUUGUACACAGAUAACAAUAAUCAUGUUCACAAUUCAAAUAGUAAUGAAGAAGAUGACGAUGGUGAUGAUGGUCAGCAUGAUGGCGGCAAUGAUGAUGUUGAUGAUGCUGCUGCUGUUACUACUGAUGCUCAUGAUGAUGGUGAGAUUGAUGGUGAGGCGAAUGCGGAUGCUGAUGCUGAUAACAAUAAUAAUGUCAAUGAUUUCACUAGUCAAGCAAUUCAUUGGUUAACAAAAGCAUUGAAAUUUAAUCCACAACAUACGGAAGCAUGGUGUGAAUUAGGUGAUACAUGUUGGCGACAAGGUGAUCCUGACCAAGCGGCUGAUCAUUUUCAACAAGCAUUGAAAAUUGAUCCAAAACAUGUAAAAGCACUUUGUAAUUUGUCAAUGGUAUUACGUCAACUACCUGCUACUACUAAUACUACUCAUAUUAACCAGACUAUUGAUCAUGUACUGUCAUCAUCUGAGUCAACUAAAACCAAACCCUCGUUGACAUCAUCAUCAUCAUCGCCACCAGACAGACAGUCACCAUUACCAUCGCCAACAACGACGUCAACAACGACGACGACGACGACGGCGACCACAACGACAAACUAUUCUAUUUUUCAUCAAUCUGUUGAUUUAGCACAUAAAGCAGUUAGUCAACAACCGAAUAAUGGACAUGCAUGGUCUGUAUUAGGCAAUGCGCUGUUGACGUUAUUUUUUAAAAAUUUCAAUUCAUCCAUGUCAUGUAGUGAACAAAAUAAAUCAUCUGCAUCAAAAUCAGCGUCAGCUUCCUCAUUGUUAUCAUCACCGCAAUUGAUUAUGACACGAUGUUUAGCUGCUUAUGCACAAGCGGUGAAAGAUCGUGUCAUUGCAUUAGAACCAAAUUUUCAUUAUAAUCGUGGUUUAGCAUGGCAUUAUCAAGAUUCAUUUGAACAAACAUUAAAAUCUUGGCUACAAGCUGUUUGUUUAGAUCCUGAUUGGCUUGCUCCACAAUAUGGUAUUAAACGUAUUAUACAAUUCGUCAUGGAAUGUUCUCAAACACUCGAACAACCAAUCACUAAUUCAGAUGACUUCAUUUCAUUGCUUACUCCAUUAAAAAAACUAUCACAAACUAUCACUGUGCAUGAUGCAAAUGACCAUACAACAACAACACCAACAACCAAUCCGCCAUUAUUGUCUAUCAAGAAUACUGGCAAUGGAGAUACGGCAGAUGGUGAUGUUGUCGCUGUCGACAACAACGACGACCACCACCAUAUAGUCAAUACAAGUCAAGAUGUUACGUCAUCAUUCACUGUCAAAGAAAUAUCCGCAUUAAAUCGUUUACUAGGACCUUAUUGUCCAUUUUAUUCUUAUAAUAAUAAACAAAAAAAUCAAUCAUUUGGAUCGAAAUAUCAAACAAUUUCUAAACGAUCUUGUCAAGAUAGUAGUAGUAGUAGUAGUAGUAAGAAAAAGAAGAAAAAACACUUGAAAGCUACUUCUUCUUCUUCUGCCUCGAAAUCCAGUGAUCAUAAUAACGACGACAAUCUAACCGUUGACUCAGCAAAAACUAAUGGUAAUCUUUUAUUCAAUGCUCUAGUUCAUUCACAUCGAUUUCAAUUUGUUCCGUUCAAUAAUUUACAAGUAGGAUUAAAUAAAAAUACUGUAUGCGUUGGACGUGUACUCACUGAAUUACCUAAUGAUUCUGAUUUAGCAAUAAAUGUAAUUCUAGUCGAUGCUUAUGGUACACGAUUCGCGGUACGAUUGUAUAAUGUUGGCAAAGGUGUUGGACCAACUCGAAAAGAUAUCAUCGCUAUACCUAACCCAUUUGUUGAAGAAAUAUUCAUUGACGGCUUUGUACUGCAUGCAUGUCUAAGCGCCUUGUCAAUUUUAGACAAUCAAUAUCUAUCUGAUAUGAUUGAGAAAUUUUCAUAUCUUCGUACAUCUACGACUAUUACUCCGACUACUACUACUGCUACUACUGACAACGAAAUAAGUAGUAGUGGUAGUAGUCUAAUGAGUAGCAACAGUACUAACUGUACAGAAUCGGAAUCGACCACUGCUCAGUCAUCAUCAUCAUCGUCAUCCGUCGAUGAAUCUGUCACUACUACUACUACUACUACUACUACUACUACUACUACAACUACUACUCUUCCGGAUCAGUUGAAAAAUAUUCAUUUACGCAUUAUACGUGUCCCAUUGUCGAAUUUCCUUGUAGUGAAUGGUCAACCAGUUGGAUCCAGUUGGACAGCUGCACCUAUUUUAAAAAAUAUAUUUUUUACUUGA